AUGGUCGAGUCUUAUCGCCCCAGUUACAGCAACCAGCGCGACUCUCGCGACAACCGUGGCGGCGGCCGCAGAUCCCCACCGCGCCGCUCUCCGCCAUCUGCCAUGUACCAGUUCGGCGGAAGUGGUGACAGCUAUCGGCCUGGAGGUCGCAACGACCGAAAUGACCGCGGCGACCGCAACGACUACGAUGCUCAUCGCAAUGGAGAUCAUCGAAACGACUUCAACUUUCGCGCUGGAGACAGGGAUCUUCAUUUCCCACCCGCAGACUCGCAGCGCCCACCUCGUGAGCGUGCUAGGCGGCCCCAAGCGCGCGACACUCGCCGCCCUCGUCAAAACAACCAGUUUAGCCGCGGACCAUGGCGUCCUCCCGCCCCGCACGAACGCCCCAUCCUCCGUUCCAAUCGCGAGAAGACUCCUGAACGACUGGACGGUAUGGGUGAGGGCAAAGCUAAGUUUAUAUCGCUGAGUGACAUCUCAGACUCGGAAGGAGAGAUGGACCUUGAGUCUGAUGGCGAUGCAUCCGCCGACGCGGAUCGUCCGCCAGCGAAGAGAGCCAAGCCUACCACACAAGAAAACGCUGAUGAUGGCGAUGAACGCCCUCGCUGGUCCAACCCGGACCCGUACACUGCUCUUCCGCCUCCAGAUGAGACUCACACGAAAAGACGCGAUUUCGUGAAGUUGAUUCGUAAGGCCAAAGUCGCUGCCGAAGACGAGGGUUCCAGCGGCAACCCUGUCGCUAAGAAUGAUGAUUUCAUCUCGUUGAACUUCGAUGAUGAUGAAGAUCAGCAAGAAAGUGACCAUGACGACGGCGAUGCUCACCGUCGGCCUGGUGGCAAUUCGUUCAGUCAUCUCGACCAUCUCCACCCCGAUCGUAAGAGUGCUCCAUCAGACGGACCUACGAAGCCUGUUUUGAACGCAGCUUCUUUGGGCCCGCCUCCAGGUCUUGCCAGCCUACCUCCUAGACCUCUCGCCAACAACAGCCUUGAUACGUGGCCACCCCCUCCACCACCACAAGCUCCCACCGGGCCCAAAGCUUUGAAGCGUGGCCACCAAGCCGAUGAUGACGAUGAAUUGGAGAGCCUUCCUCCGCCCAAAGGCAAGAAGCGUAAGCGCGAGGCCCUCGACGGCGGUAUCAUCGACGACUGGCGUCCUCGCCCCGGUAGUUCGCCCACACCGUGGUGCCAGGAAGACCACUCGAGCUCCGAGAACAUGGGCUUCUGGUUGCAUAAGGAGAUUGCGGACUUCUAUGAUUUCGUCAAGCCUCAUCCGUUCGAGGACUCCAUUCGGCAUGGUUUGGUCAGGCGCAUCGAGCGCACCCUGACGCGGCAGAAGGCCUUUGCAGGUUCUACAGUGGAAUGCUUCGGUUCAUUUGCUGCCGGCCUGUAUCUUCCCACAGCAGAUAUGGAUCUUGUUAUUCUCUCGUCCCACUUUCGCAACACCGGGCAGGGAAUGGUCACCAAGAAGACGCUUUACAGGGUUUCAGAUAUCCUGGAAAGAGAGGGCAUCAGCCAACCUGGUGCCACUGAGGUAGUCGCUGGCGCAAGGGUUCCGAUUAUCAAGAUUGUCGAUCGUGUCACUGGCCUGAAGGUCGAUAUCUCCUUCGAGAACAGUACUGGCAUUGCUGCGAACAAGACCUUCCGAGGAUGGAAAAGUGCUUACCCAGCCAUGCCAGUGAUUGCCACACUGGUGAAGCAGUUCCUCCUUAUGCGUGGCCUGAACGAAGUCUUCACCGGAGGCCUUGGAGGCUUCUCCGUCAUCUGCAUGGUUGUGAGUCUCCUUCAGAAUUGGCCUGAUUGCCAGAGCUACAAUCUCGUUCCGGAGGAACAUUACGGGGAUGUACUUUUGAACCUCUUCGACCUGUUCGGCAACAAGUUCAACAUCGCUACAACUAGGAUCCGGCUCAAUCCUCAUCAGUUCGAAGCAAAGGGCCCUCGCGACCUGAACGGAAAGCCCGCUAGACCAGACCGUCUCUCCAUCGUCGAUCCUAAUACUCCAACGAACGACAUCUCGUCGGGAUCACACAACGUAGUUCUCGUCCAGAAAUGCUUCCGCGACGCAUUCGACAAACUCCAACGUCGCAUGGCUGAAUUGAACGCCCUCGAUAUUGGACAGCGUAGGAAUGCUAGCAUUCUGGAGGUGCUCUUCGCGGGUGACUAUUCCUCGUUCGACUGGCAGCGCAAGCGCCUCAGGAAGAUCUAUGAUUCGGACCGGUGA